GGAAUUUUCAGUCUAAUAGCUUCUUUUUGUGAGAUGCUUAUGUCUGAAAGACUACAGAAUCACAGAUUUCAAAACACUUUCCUUCGACCCUCUUCUUCUGAUUUCCUGUGGAAAAAAAUGCAGAUGCUCUUCUUUGUCGUGGUGAUGUGCAUGGUAGGUGCCUCUGCUUUCAGACUUCAGCAAGUCAAAAGCACAGAAAACUGCCCAGAUCACACAGUGUUUUUCAAACACUACUAUGAACUGCAUGGAGAACCUGUGGUUCUGAAAUGCCCUUCCCCCAGAUACAAACAUUUGGAUUUCUCUGCCUUGACCUCUAAUAUCACAUGGUAUAAAAAUGGUUCAAACACCAUGAUAUCAGGAAGAGAUGAAGAUGCAAGAAUCUGGGCAAAAGGAGAUGCUCUCUGGUUUUUACCAGUGAUGCUAGAAGACUCAGGAGUAUAUAUCUGCACAAAAAGGAACUCCUCCUACUGCGCCGAGGUCUCCAUCCACCUCACAGUCAUGGAGAAAACAGCUGCUCGGGAGAUUGCCUAUCCCCAGGUCCUCUUCACUUUCACCUCUGGAAAGAUUGUUUGCCCUGACCUGUGGGAUUUUGCACCAAAUAGGACAAGCCUGGAGCUCAAGUGGUACAAGGAUGCUCUGCCUUUGGAAGAUGACAAUGAAAGAUUCAUCAUUCUCAAAGGUUCAGCAUCUCUGAUCAUGACAUCUGUGCUACCAACAGACAUGGGGUAUUACACCUGCAAGAUGUCAUUUCCAUUUGAAGGUGUGAUGUAUGAAAUCACCAGGACAAUUCAACUGGAGACUGUUGAACAAGAGAAGAGAAUUACCCCGAUAAUUGUGUAUCCAGCCCAAAAGACAACAUCAGCUGCUCUUGGCUCCAAGAUGACUCUCCCGUGCAAAGUGUUUGUUGGGCUGAGCAGCCAUUUCCAAACUGAUGUGGAAUGGCUGGCAAAUGACACCAGCGUUGAUGUGGUUUAUAAACAAAGCAGAGUUGCAGAGGGGGAACGACAAGAAAUUGUAGAAAAUGGUGAAAACUUUAUUGAAGUACCACUGAUUUUUGAUUCUGUUGAAGAAGUGGAUUUCUAUACAGACUUUACCUGUCUGGCCCAGAACAGAUAUGGAUACCAAGUACUGCCAACAAGGGUCAAGCAGGAAGCUGUUGGUCUGUCCUGGUACAUUGCAGUGAUACCUGUUGCACUGGCCUGUGUGAUCGUGGGAGGGAUAUGCAUGCACAAGUGCUGGAAGCGGAGAGCUGAUAAAGGAUAUUCAGUACCAAAAGUUUAAAAUCCACUUGGUUCUCUAACUGCCAAAAGAGCAAAAAAAAAUCACCCUGGCUAUCUUUCACAUCAGACACAGAGAGCAUUUCAGUCCCAAUAUACUGAAUUCCCAACAGACUGAUAAUAACAGCUCUUUCCCAUUUUUCCUGGUCUUCUAUGAUCUGAUGAAGUUAAAAACAUAAAUUUGCAUUUUUAUGCUGCUUAGAUGCAGGAAAUCUGGUUCUAUUAUUUUGCACCUAGGGUGCAAUCUGUAGACUUUUGGAACACAAAAUCGUGCUCUGGAUAUGGGAAGGGCAGGGAAAGGGAGGUGCGCUCAUCCUUUGUAAUUCCAAUAGAUGUACUGUUUUUUUAAAAAAAGGAAAAGAAACCCCCUAAAACCUAAAAAAGGAAGCUAAAGAAGCUUGCUACAGAAAGACUAUUUGAAACUAGAGUGAAAAAGCAAUUUUUCUAUGCAACCAGACUAAAUUUAUUUUACUUCAGUCUAAAAAGAGCCAUUUGUUUUCCCUUUUCCAGAGCCAAAUGCAGUUGUCAUGGCAACUGUAUAUCUACGAACUUCUCCACAGAAAAACUAAUUUUGUUCACCAUUUGGAUUACACUUUGCUUAAAUAGACUGUCUCAGAAUAUUCUGCCCCCAGAGAUAACUCCAUCUGUAUAACAGAUAACUGUACACAGAAGAAUUCAAUUCUGUUUUAUCUACCAAUAUGUUGUAGCUAGAGAUUUAUAGACAGCUGUAACAUGUUGUCAUCUUUGCCAAGGAAAGAAUUGGAGGGAUGUUUAAGUGUUUUGAGACUAAUUUGAUUAAUCAAAAGUUUUAUUCCUGGAAGUGAUUGGACAGAUUGUCAGUAAUAAUGAACAGUCUCACGCUUUUGUGCCUCCAGCCCUUUUGUGACCAGUCUGGUGUAGCUUCAGAUUGUGUCCUUUAAAUUGCAGUUUGCAACUUGGUUACAUAGGAUGCAAAACACUGCCUGUUAUGUUAACCUAGCUGGAUUCUAGUCUUGACAUAAAUCAUAAGGGAGCAAUAAAUAAUCAAUGACCAUGUUGUACUUUGAGAGUCAGAAUGAGUAAAAUUAUUUGGUCACUUCCUCUCUUCCUCUUCAAAGAGGUACCACUCAUGAGAGCUGAGAAAUCAUUACAUGAUAUAUAAUGUGUAUUAUCUUCAUCUGCAUAGGAGGGAAGAGAACCUGCAUUAAGGCCUAGAUUAGUACAGAUCCAUAACUGACACCUCUCACAGGCAUCAAAGAUAAAGCUUUUUGUUCAUGUAAAUCAUCCCAGAGGAUUUUCAAAUUCUGUAGGAAAAAAAAAAUCAGGAAAAGCCUUGGCUCCAGAAAUCAAAUUGUAACACACUAGAGAAGUGAAUGGCUCACAUCCACCUGGGAGAGACCAUGACCUUAUGCCUUUCCACCACUGCUUCUAGUUGGCUCUGAGUUUGGCCCAAUAAAUGUCUGGAAGGAUUUUAAAGAGUAGGAUGUGGUUUGAGUUAAGAAAUCUUCACUCUAUUAGAAAGAACAUUCAUAUGUAAUGAGAUUUAAACCAAAGGCUCCCUUUAAAUACUCUAAAUAUUUGUUGUGAAGAUACAGGCACAGGGAUUAGAGUUCUGACGCAGUUUAGGUCAAAGACAUGCAGGGAACACCACAGGACUCACUGUUUCCAAGUGCAGAAUAUUAAAGAUGAUAAGGACUACAAGUAUUUUAUGGGCAGAUGGGAAAAAGGUGGAUGCAAGUGUGGAGAACAGUCAGUCCACUUGGAUAUCUGUUAUUUGAAGGGAGAAAGCUAUAGAUGAAUUGAUCUGUGUUGGAGGGAACAUUGAAAAUGUUUCAGGAGCAUCAGGAAUGCUCAUUCUUUUCAAGCAAUUGCUAGUCUGUACCUAGAGAACACAUUAGGUUUGCCAAUAAAUGUAAUGUUUAAAAAUG